UCGGGGCGCCCGUCUCCCCGCUUCGGCGGCCAGGCCCUGCCCUGCCCAGGAGGGCGCUGCUGGUGCUGAGGCUCCGGGACCCAGAAUCCGGAGAAUAGCAAGAAAAUUAGUAUGCCUGUGCUCCCUUGGGACUCACUGGAAGCUGUACCGUGACAUCUGCUGGGAUUUAGUCUGGGGUGUGCAGGCUGGUAAUUAAAAUGGAAGUAGACAUUAAUGGAGACUCCAGAACUACCCUAUCUACCCUUCCUUUACCGGUGUCAGAGGUGAAUUCCCCAGGAAAAGCUGAAACAGAAAAGCCUCGGUGCUCCAGCACGCCCUGUUCACCAAUGAGACGGACCGUGUCGGGUUAUCAGAUCCUUCAUAUGGAUUCAAACUACUUGGUUGGCUUCACAACUGGUGAGGAGCUCUUAAAGUUAGCCCAAAAGUGCUCAGGAGGCGAAGAGAAUAAGGGGGAGUCCAUGCCUACCUUGCGUUCCAAACAGCUUGAAACGGGACUUGCACGUUCCUCUCGUUUGUACAAAACCAGAAGUAGGUACUACCAGCCAUAUGAAAUCCCUGCUGUCAAUGGAAGGCGGCGAAGACGAAUGCCCAGCUCAGGAGAUAAAUGCACUAAGGCUUUACCUUAUGAACCUUACAAGGCUCUCCAUGGCCCUUUACCUCUCUGUCUUCUCAAAGGUAAAAGGGCUCAUUCAAAAUCACUGGACUACCUCAAUCUAGAUAAAAUGAACAUCAAGGAACCUGCUGACACUGAAGUACUGCAGUAUCAACUUCAACAUCUGACCCUCCGAGGGGACCGUAUGUUUGCUAGGAACAACACAUGAAUUAGGGAGGGUAAGCCAAUUCUGGGUUGGUUUCACUUGGCUGCAAAAAUCCACUCUUGUACUGUAGAAAUGAAUCUCCAGCAUCGUGGGAGGUUAAUCAGCUAAGUGUUCUUGGAAGAGCAACUACAACGACAAAAUUUGGAUAAAAUGUUGAAUAUGGAAGCAAAAUUACAGGUAUUUUGGGGGAAAGUUAUUCUAGAACAAAUGAUCUCCAGGAAAAUCAGAGUGACUUUAAUUGGUAGGCAUUACUUCGGAUAACUAUUUAGGUAGCAAAAACAGACUUCAAUAGAUAAAUAUAAAGUCUUUAUGAUGAUUUGACAUGCAGCUUGGAGAUGGGAUCUGCCUAGUUGUUGCUAACUUGGUAUGAUAUACUGGAAAUUUAUAUCAGAUAAGUAUUCGAUUGCUUCUUAAUUUCUUUCUGUAUUUUACUAUGAUAUAUAGAUAUAUAUGUAUGGUAAUGAUAUGUUUUUGAAAUUGAGAACCUGAAUAUUGCUGUACUGGACCACUUUUUAUUUUUAAAAAUUCAGUUAAAAUGUUUUAUAACUGAUUUUGCACUGGAAAAAAAUAACAUUUCAGAUGGACAAGAAAAUCUUUGUUCACUUGCUUCAAUAAUGUUAUUGAACAAUUUUUAAAAAUUUCCUCUUGGAAAUUUAUUGAUCUUCCCUCCUGUUGUAAAAUAUUUCUUUAAAGUAUAUCUUAAUAAAAAUUAAAUUUGAGAUACAAAAUAUUUAUUUUUACCAUUUAUGAGGGUAGACUUCUCUAGGAAGUUUACGGUAUGAGGUUUCAUAAGUUGAAUAGUUCUUUUUACUUCUAAAUUCUGAAUUGAAAUUCACCUGAAACAUCAUGAGGUACAGGAUUUGGUUUGUUUUCUUUUGUUUCUGUUUUUGAUUGUGGAUUAUAGUUACAAUACUGACUGCAUCUGAAUCUUCAAUGAGUGAAACUUUUAGAAAUGAAGUCAUGAUUUCUAUUACUGAAUAUUUAAAUUAAUAUUGAAGUGAUAUCUUUCAGCAUGGCAUUAAAUCAUUUCAGUUUUAGCUGUGCAUAGCACAGAACAUUUUUAUUGAAAACCUAGCUUCUAAGAUUAGUUUGAAGGCAUAAAAUGCUUCUGCAGUCUUAAUGGGUUAAUCCUGGAUUAGCUAACAAUUUCUGUCAAAUGCACUGGUUCAAUUUGUGGCUGAAGAAGUAAUGUCCAAACAUUAAUAACGAAUACUAUUCAAACUGGGCUUGAAUAUAUUUUGAAAAUGUAUGUAACUUAACCUUUUUGUAAAAGUUCCUAUUUCUUUUUUUCCUUUUAUUUUUGGUGGGAGGGUGGGGCAGUCUCUUAAAGGUGCAAUUUAUCACUGAAGUGGCAUUUCUGGCAGCAUUUAGCAUUUUAUUUUGGAAGGCCGGUGAAUGAUUUCAGGGUUAGGAACCUUGUUUAUGAAAUAGGGACAUCUUUUAAUUGAUGAAUCGGCCAUUUCUGGUGCAGUUGCAGCUGUUCUUUAACCAGAUUGACUAGCAAGCUCUGGAGCUGAGCAUGUGCUAUAAAACACUAGGAAUGUUUUUCACUCAUUUUUAUUAUACCUCCACUGUAGUAAGCUACAGUAAAGAGCCUUGGAAUAGUUUGCCUACAUCCUGCUGAUUUGAUCAGAAUUGUUUUGCUGGAAAUAAUUUCAGCUUUUGUACAUUUUCAAGUAAAUUGCACCUUUUAAAACUUACUGCAUUAAAGAAAUAAUCUCCAAGAUAAACUAUAUAUCUAUACAGUCAUUAGUUUGACAAGAAAUAGAAUACUGUCAGAUGCCAAAGAGAGGUGGGGUUUUAUGUUUAAUGAUUAAACAACCAUUAUUUAUUGAUGAUUUACCCUAUGGAACUGUAUUGUUUCUGGUUAUGAAAUAAAGGGGUGAUGCAAACAUG